AUGGAGGAGCAGAAAACUAACGGGAUCAUUCCCCAUAGUAUUCGGAUCAAGCCUUUCGCUUUCGUCUGCCACUCCGAAGAACUCCGUCAGGAAGCCGAUAAGGAACUCCAAGCCGCCUGUUUGAACUACUGCAAGGGAGCACAGGACGUUCUGAUUUCAAUGAAGAAGAAAGCUGCUGAGCAGGCACGCAAUGAUACUGCUGCUGUUUACCAGCGUCUUCAGGAUCAGAUCGCGAACUACAUCAACCUUGCUAAGAAGACUGACAUCGGCACCAAAAACUCGAAGCUGACUGACAACCUUACUUUUUUUAAGGAUCGCGUGAUUUCUGAGUUUAAGGACGCUAUGUCGGUUUUUGUGAUGGAGACUAACCUUUCGGAAAUUCAUGUGAAGGAGCAGAAGAAGGAGAUUGAUGAGAAAAAGGCUGCUGCUGCUGAGGAAGCCGAGAAUCUGCCUGUUGAUCCCUCCGUUCGUGAGAUCGCCAAACAGGAGGUUGCGAAGGCUGUUGCUAAGCUCAAGUUUACUCCUCCUCCUCAUCACCGCCGUGCCGCUGCUAACAACGCUGCUAACAACGCUGCUAACAACAAUGACAAGAAGAAGAACAUGAAGCAGAAACAGGUGAAGCAGACGAAGCAGAAGAAGACUUUCCCGGUUAAGAAUAACCGGAAGCCUUUUGCCGUCAAUGCUGCUAAGAAGCCGAACACCGCUGCUGCUAAGAAACCGACCAAUGGGAAGAAGCGCAAGAAUGGCUGCGCCUCUCAGCUGCGCCUCUCAGCUGCGCCUCUCAGCUGCGCCUCUCAGCUGCGCCUCUCAGCUGCGCCUCUCAGCUGCGCCUCUCAGUCGUGCCUCUCAGUCGCGUUUGACUCCCUCGCGCCUCUCUGGGUGUCGCGCCUCUCAGUGGACUUUGAGUUUGACUUUGCCGCCCCUCUCUCGCGCCUCUCUGCUUGGUACUUUGACUCGCUCGCCUUCAAGCCACCCACUGUGGUGGUUACCAACGGCUACGACAACAUCCCCAAGAUGCUCAUGCAGGAAGCAGUGGCGGCAGGCGCUGUUCUAACCCUCAACUUUGAAGUAACUGCCAUCUCACAGUCCUCCACUGGCGUUCAAAUCACUGGAAAGGACACCGCCACCGAUGCCAUUACCACGCUGGACGCCGACGUGGUGAUCGUCACAAUCCCUCUCGGCGUGCUCAAGGCCAACACCAUCGCCUUCUCUCCGUCGCUCCCCCCCCGUAAAACCGGCGCCAUAGCCCGCCUGGGAGUGGGCGCAAUCGCCAAGAUCUUCUUCUUCUUCAACCAGACCUUCUGGCCGGUCAACGUGGACGAAUAUUUCAUCGAGGAUGCGCAGCUGCCCGCGAAUCGUGGGCGGUGGGUUGACUGGGUGAACCUGAAGCGCGCGUGGGGACAGACGGCAUUGGAAGGUGUGGCUCUGGGGGAGUAUGCGGAGCGGAUGGCUACGAUGAGUGAUGAGGAGGUGAUUAACGACGCCAAGGCAAAGAUGGCGCGCAUGUUCCCGCAGUAUCGCAAGAAGCCCGUGGAAGCACUGGCGACUUGGAUCCAGCGCUGGACCGCCGAACCGUAUUCGCGGGGGGCGUACAGCUAUGCGCGCGUGGGCGUGCGGGGGAACGAGGAUCACUGCACGGACUAUGAUGUGAUGGCGCUGCCCGAGGGGAGGGUGCUGUUUGCGGGGGAGCACACCAUCUGGCAGUACCAGGCCACCGUGCACGGCGCCCUGCUCUCCGGCGUCCGCGAGGGCAAGCGCGUCCUCAAAAACUUCUGA